AUGGUUACAACAGCUGCAGCAGCCCACAAAACCCGACAGCAGCAAAACCGUGUUUUGAUUGUGGGAAAUUACUGCCACGAUGUUUUGAUCCAAAACGACACCGUCAAGGCCGAAUCUCUUGGUGGUGCAGCGUCUUUCAUUUCCAAUGUUCUCAAUGGAAUGUCAAUCUCUUGUAAUUUAGUUUCGAAAGUUGGGGAAGAUUUUAAAUACCCAGUUAAUUAUAGUCCAGUAGUAAUACCCACUUCAAAAACUACUGUUUUUCACGCUUAUUUUGAUCUGGGUAUUCAUGGGAAUGGUCAUCAAGAUCGGGUCUUAAGGCGGGUCUGUGCUUGUGACUCGAUUAGGCCUUCGGAUCUUCCUGAUACCAGAUCCAAUUUUGGAAUGGCGGUUGGUGUUGGCGGAGAAAUACUUCCUGCGACGCUUGAGAGGAUGAUUGAGAGUUGUGAUGCUGUUUUUGUUGAUAUUCAAGCUUUAAUCAGGAUUUUUGAUAGUGUUGAUGGGACUGUUAAGCUUGUCAAGUUAGAGGAGACGGGCUUUUAUUCGUUGCUACCGCGCAUUGUGGUUUUAAAGGCGUCAUCGGAGGAGGCGGCGUUUAUGGAUGUAGAGGAGGUGAGGAAGUGGUGUUGUGUGGUGGUGACUAAUGGGAAAGAUGGCUGUAAAGUGUAUUGGAAAGACGGGGAAUUGGGGAUUUCGCCCUUUUUGGCGAAUCAAGAGGAUCCGACUGGUGCAGGGGAUAGUUUUUUAGGUGGGUUUGCGGCGGGCUUGGUUCAAGGGUUGGCUGUGCCAGAUGCUGCCUUGCUGGGGAACUUGUUUGGUUCCCUUACUGUUGAACAAAUUGGAUUGCCCAAGUUUGAUUCAAGAUUGUUGCAGAGAGUGAAGGAUGAGGUGCAGAGGAGGAAAAUGCAGUGUCUGCGUUGUGAAAGAAGUGAUAAUGAGCUGAAGUUCUUGAAGCCAGUAGGGCAUGAACAGUUCCACGCAUCGCUGGGUGCAGCAAAAAUAACACCCCCAUGUUCCAUUCAAGACCGUCAAUGGAAUCCACCAAGUUCUCCCAAGAAAACGGAGCAGAUUGCUAUUCCACAUUACACGGCACAGGCUAAAUCAUUAGUUAACUCUGUUUAUGAAGAACCAAUUCAAACAGUCGAGGGAAAACCAUGA